AUGCCAGUUUCUUCGCCCAUGCCGGAUAAGCGCGUCUGCCUCUUCUUUGAUUGUCGUGUCGCAGGGGACGGUAGAGGGUAUGAGGAGCUGCGGCGCACCGUGCACACGCAAUGCAGCCAGCUGUUGAUUCUUUCCCACCUUCACUCCUCUGGUAGUGGCACUACGCUUUCUGCCACCGUUCAUCUUGUGACCCACACUCGUGUAGAGUAUUUCGCAACAUCGUUGUGCGCAGCAACCACCGACAAGCCAGUCGAUUCUGGCGCUAUUGGCGUGAUGAAUGGCCUACGCGCUCUUGCAGAUGCCCAGCCGGAUCACCGCAUUCACGCAUGCGGCGCAGCCACAUUUGGAAAUCGCAUGGAAUCGGUGCUUCCGCACAUUCAGCGAGCUCUGGGUGACUCGCAGCAGCGCCGUCAGCUCAUCCUCUUCUGCUCCUCCUACGUGAGUCACACAGAGGCAACGCAGAGUUUGUCGGGACUUCGCCUUGACGCUUCGUCGCGUCAUUGGAUGCGUUGUAUCCUGGUAGACUGGGAGGCAGUGUGCGUGACUGUCGGCGAGCUGACAAGCAGCGUGCGCGUCUACCGCUGCUCUCUCAGUGCGCGCCAACUGCAGGCUGCAGUGCAGGAUAGUCUCUCUUUGUUUCUGCUGCCCGAUGCGCGCUCUUUACGUCGCCUUGGGCUGCAACUUGGCUUGCAAACACUUCCGGUUGUUGCGACGGUUUGGCAUUACGCGGGCCUCCCUGACAAGCGUGAUACUCUCAACAGCGUACUGAGGGCAGAUCGUGCGCCGCCUGCCGCGGCACCUGUGGCCAGGGGUAUGGUGCACCAACGCCUUGCAGAGACGACUCGCCGUCAUGCUCCGUUCACUGCGGUGUCGAUGGUAGAGAGGGGUGGUCGGGACACCUUGUCCAUACUGCAUCUACGCGCAGUGCUCGAAGCUGACAAGGUAGACGAAUCACUCUUGUUGGGUGACACAUGGGUGCUGACCCUGGACCCAUCGGCUGCUUCCACCUUCACCUCCACCUUGACCUCCUCUUCCGAGUCUCCUUGGUCAUGGGAUGCGUCGACGGUCGCGCUCUGGCACGCCUUCUGCGACACCUUCCUCGGCGACGCACUCGUGCUCAGCGGUGAGGACACGGGCAUCGAAGCAUGCCGCCAUGCAAUGCAGAGCCAUCAUCACUUCGUGGCAUACUUCAUGCCAGACCGGACGAUGCGCGUUCGCGAGAUUGUGCCUCCAGAGCUGCGCUUCGUGCCGCUCCCCGCGCCGCUAAUGCGCAAAGGGCUACAAGAGCAGAGAGCGUAUCAGGCAGAAAUGCAUCGCCUUCGGCAGCAGCUGGUGUCGCACUGUGCCUCCGCCUCCUUCUCGCUCGAUGCACUCCUUUCCAGCGGAUGGCGCGGUGCAAUGAGUGCACCGUAG